AUGACUUGUUCUUUGUUAGCUGACAUCGAUGAAUGCUUAGCAGACAUUUUGUGUUCAUAUUUUUUGGGCUUUGGCCGUGGUUUUGGGGAUCAGCUUAGCUGGAGUUGUGGGGUAGCUUUUGGUAGUGGUGGUGGUGUAGAAUUUGGUAGUAAUGGUGGUCGUGGAUUUAGCAGUGGCAGUGAUUGCAAUGGUGAUGAUGGUGGUGGUUCUAACGAUGACGGUAGUGGUAGUGGUGCUGCUGUUGCUGAUAAAGGCAGUGGUAAGAUGGUGGGCUUUGGCCGUGGUUUUGGGGAUCAGCUUAGCUGGAGUUGUGGGGUAGCUUUUGGUAGUGGUGGUGGUGUAGAAUUUGGUAGUAAUGGUGGUCGUGGAUUUAGCAGUGGCAGUGAUUGCAAUGGUGAUGAUGAUGGUGGUUCUAACGAUGAGGGUAGUGGUAGUGGUGCUGCUGUUGCUGAUAAAGGCAGUAGUAAGAUGGUGGUGUGCUGCUGGAGGCAAUAG